AUGGUUCAAUCCGCCAUUCUCGGCUUCCCUCGCAUGGGAGUUAACCGCGACUUGAAGAAGGCCACCGAAGCUUACUGGAGUGGCAAGAUCUCUCAAGCUGAUCUCCUUGCGGAGGCCAAGCGCCUGCGUCUUGCCCACUGGAAAAUUCAAAAGGAUGCCGGAGUCGACAUAAUUCCCAGCAAUGAUUUCGCCCUGUACGAUCAGGUCUUGCACCAUAUUCAAGACUUUGGAGCUGUUCCCGAACGCUACACCAAGGACGGCUUGGAUGCUGUUGACCAGUACUUUGCCAUGGGUCGUGGCCACCAAAAGGGGGGCAUUGAUGUUCCCAGCCUGGAAAUGGUCAAGUGGUUCGACUCAAACUACCACUACGUCAAGCCCACUCUACAAGAUAACCAGGCCUUCAAGCUGGUCGACAGUCCCAAGGCUGUGAACGACUUCAAUGAGGCCAAGGAGGCUGGUAUCAACACUCGCCCCGUCCUAGUUGGACCCGUCAGCUUCCUCCACCUCGGCAAAGCCGACCGUGGCCAGUCAGUAGACCCUAUCGACCUGCUUAACAAGCUCCUUCCCGUCUACGAGCAGCUUCUCACGAAGCUCAAGGAGGCUGGUGCCGAAUCUGUCCAGAUAGACGAACCCACUCUCGUCUUCGACCUCCCUGCCAAGACCAAGGCUGCCUUUAAGCCUGCAUACGAGAAAUUUGCUAGCCUAGGCGACAAGAUCCCCAAGCUUGUCUUCACCACAUACUUCGGUGACAUUGUCCACAACCUGGAUCUUCUUCCCAAGGACAUCUAUGCCGUCCACGUCGACCUUGUCCGCAAUCCUGAGCAGCUCGAGACCGUUGCCGGAGCUCUCGGUUCCAAGACGAUACUGUCUGCCGGUGUCGUCGAUGGCCGUAACAUCUGGAAGACCAACUUCAAGCGUGCUAUUGAGACCGUGGAAACCGCUAUUCAGAAGCUUGGCAAGGAGCGUGUGAUUGUUGCUACCUCCAGCUCUCUCCUCCACACUCCCCACACUCUUGCCAGUGAGAAGAAGCUGGACCCCGAGGUUGCUGACUGGUUUUCUUUUGCCUCCGAGAAGGCUGUUGAAAUUGCCGUCAUUGCCAAAGCUGUCACCGAGGGUCCUGCCUCCGUCCGUGGGCAGCUCGAGGCUAACGCCAAGUCCCUGCAAGCUCGCGCAACCUCUUCACGCACAAAUGAUCCCAAGGUCAAGGACCGUCAGUCCAAGGUCACUCAGAAGGACCACGACCGUCAGUCUGAGUUCCCUACUCGUAUCGCUGCCCAACAGAAGAAGCUCAACCUGCCUUUGUUUCCCACCACCACCAUUGGAUCAUUCCCCCAGACUUCUGAGAUUCGUGUACAGCGAAACAAGUUCACCAAGGGUGAGAUCAGCGAGGAGCAAUACGACAAGUUUAUUGAGGAGGAGAUUAAGCAGAAUGUCAAGAUUCAGGAGGAGCUUGGCCUCGACGUCUUCGUCCACGGCGAGCCCGAGCGUAACGACAUGGUCCAGUACUUUGGCGAGCGUCUGAACGGCUACGCUUUCACCACCCAUGCCUGGGUCCAGAGUUACGGUUCUCGCUGCGUACGACCCCCCAUCAUUGUAGGAGACAUCUCCCGGCCUGCUCCCAUGACUGUCAAGGAGUCCAAAUACGCUGUCUCCGUCUCUAGCAAGCCCAUGAAGGGUAUGCUCACUGGCCCCGUCACUUGCUUGCGAUGGUCCUUCCCUCGUGACGAUGUUCACCAGUCCGUUCAGGCUCAGCAGCUUGCCCUCGCCCUCCGUGACGAGGUUGUGGACCUGGAGAAAGCUGGUGUUGACGUCAUUCAGGUUGAUGAGCCUGCCCUGCGUGAGGGUCUUCCUCUUCGUUCCGGCAAGGAGCGUGAUGCCUAUCUCAAAUGGGCCGUGGACGCUUUCAAGCUGUCCACCGCUGGCGUCGAGGACGCUACUCAGAUUCACUCUCACUUCUGCUACUCUGAGUUCCAAGACUUCUUCCAUGCGAUUGCCGCCCUCGACGCCGAUGUUCUGUCGAUCGAGAACAGCAAGUCUGAUGCCAAGCUCCUCCGUGUCUUUGUUGACUCUGCCUACCCCCGACACAUCGGGCCUGGCGUCUACGACAUUCACUCCCCUCGCGUCCCCAGCGAGCAGGAGAUCCGUGAUCGCAUCGAGGAGAUGCUUCAAUUCCUCAAGCCUGAGCAGCUGUGGAUUGACCCUGACUGCGGCCUGAAGACCCGUCAGUGGAAGGAGACCAAGGAGGCUCUGGUCAACAUGGUCAAUGGCGCCAAAUAUUACCGCACCAAGUACGCCAAGUGA